ACGUAUACCUGGCGUUCACUUUCAUUGCGUCAUUAAAUGGCCAGGCAUUUUCCGUGGUGACAUUUCUUUAGUCGUUGUGGUUCUUCGCUGCCGUUGUCUCUUGGGAGGAGCGGACACUCUCGUAUUUUUACCGCGGGCACGGGAGCAGCCUCCAAGUUUUUGACCGCAAGUGGACGCUCGGAUAUACGCCAGUAUAAGGCACUGCAGCCAUGAGUUUAUUCGUGCACGUGAUACUUCUGUGCGUUGCAAUGUGCGGCUACACACUCGGCAGCCCGCUGAAAGACACGGCCGACUGUUCGGUAUCUGUACUCGAUGGCUGUGGGAGGGCCUUCAUACCGUACGCUGAAACUACGAGAAUGGCCGAGACCGAACAGGAGCUGAAGGAUCAGUGCACGUUACACUUCAAGCAGCUGCACUGUACCCGCAAUUUUACGACAAUGUGCGCCGAGGGUCUGCCUCAGGUGGCUGCCGUGUUGGCAUUGGACGCCGCGGACGAAAACAUCGAGGCCGUCUGCACGCCGGGCACUGAGCUACACACGAUGUACAAAAGCACAAUUCCUUGCAUCAACAAAGUGGGCGUCCAAAUGAACGACUGCAUGCGCAACUUGGUCAUCAACUUGAACACGGUUGUCGCCCGGGCACCAAUUGAAACCCAGGUUGCCUAUGGUUGCUGUUACUACUACGAUCUGCUUGGAUGCUACGACGAGGCGCUGACCGUGUGCAAAGGCACGGACGCCAACAGGCUCGCCGCCAUCUUGGCUGAGAACGUGUUCGGCCAGACGCUGGGUCUCGUGUGCGGAGUGUACACGAGAGAAUCGCCGGCGUGCCAGACGCUCGAGCCGCUCAAGAAGCUCGACGUGUCCGAGCUGGACACGGAAAACUUCGUCCUGCCCCUGGUCACCAUCGCCGGCACGCUCAAAUAUUCUAAGGUUGUGCCUAGGCACCUGUGGUCGCAGAGUUUCCUACAAAUAAACAAGAGUAAACUCUGGCCCUAGUAUCUACGGAACCUGCAAUGCACGGCACUUCAGCCAGCAGGAAAAUGACGGGUAGCACGCGGUUUGUUUGCUUGUUUGUUGGCUGCCAACUGUGGCACAUGCCCACUUUAGGGAAUUGUACAGGAAAACUUGUAGUAGCCUAUAUAUGAUAACUACACAAUGAUUGUCAUCCAAUUACUGAAAUGUACACAGGAAGAAAAAAAGGAAAGUUACAAAUUAUCUUUUAAAAAUAACUGAAAUAAGAGUAAUAAAAUACAAGUGAAUCAAUG